AUGAUCAAAGCUAAACCAACAGCUCGUGAUACCGUCUCGGAAACUAUAUCAUUCGUCAUAAAAGGGAAACUAACUCCAAUCAAACUAAUCGAGAACGAGUUAGAUCUGGUCGGCAAGAAUAGAAAGACACGGAGAUGUGGUAAGGUAAUCAAACAACAAAGAACCAAAAAACCCAUCGUGGUAAUGACCAAGGAUGAGGGUAAUUCUAAAGUUCAAACAAAAGUUCAAAAGAAAACUGCCAAGAAAAUAAGUGCCCAGAGUAACUCUAAAAAAAUCUCCGAGAAAAUUGUAGCCAAUUCAAUUCCACCUAAAGAGAACUUAAAAAAACCCAGCAAAUCCGAAAUUAUCGAUAAAAAACCGAAACUCAAAGUCGUGAAACUCAAAAAACCUAAGGAAACCGCUGUGAAAAAAUUAAGAAAACCACCAGCACCUAAAGCUAAGCAAAGCAAAAAAGAAAAAGAAGAUAAUAAACCGAUUGACAAAAUAGACGAAGAUGAAAUCAAAAAACAACAAACAAUUGACCAGCUACUGAAACAAGUAAACGAAGAAAUGCGUACCAGAAAUAUUCCAAAGGGUGCUAGAAAGAAAAACAAAAAGCCAAGUCAACCCGAGAAUCCCAAAAAAGAUGAGACAUCAGAACACAAACCGAAUACCGAAGCUGAGCUCGAUGACAAAGAGACUUUUCCACAAAAAACCAUCAAAUCUGAAUUACCCGAAUCUCCAGGAGUACUCUCUGACGAAAUACCACUCAAAGAACUUUCAACAAUGACUCUCAAGAACAUCAAGUCCGAACCUCUUUCCGAUAAAGAAUCAACCCCACCCAGAACAGUAAAAAAGAAGCAGUUCAGGAAACUCAAAACCAAACCCAAAAUGACCAUAAUAAAAAAACGCUUGUCGCCCAAGAAGGACGACCAAAAAUGCCGGACAAAGCUCUUCGGCUUCUGGAACGGCCCAAAAAGACACCGAGUGGCAUCUCUGAAUGCCAGAGCAAAAGUACACUGCCUCUACGAAAAUGAAACUAGAGGCAACAUUUUAGACAUUAUCGAUGAAACAGACGCAAAACUGCCCUACGCGGCACCAAAAAAAGAUAACGCUAAAACCAGGGCGCUGAAGAUAAAGGAAGAAGUAAAUAUUAGCGAAGAAGAGGAAAAUAGCCCAUCUCCGUUACCAACAAGGACACUGAGGUCAGUACCUGGUCUUAGGGGUGUUGGAAAACACUGGGAAAUGCAUGAAGAUUCCUAUAGCUCUGAAGAAGAGUACAUCAGGAUCCCUGAUUUCCAACCUGUCAAGAUCAAGAAGGAAAGGGUACCGAAACCAAAGAAAGAAAAGGCUAAAGAACCAGAGGAAACUAUCAAAGAGCCCAAACGCAAGAAGAACGAACUUGUUAUGGACCUGAAGGAUAUGGUAGUGAGCAAAAGAAUGGCAAGCCUGAACGCAACUGCCAUACUAGCAGCUAGCUACUCAGUGGAGAAGAGACCCUCAAAGUACUCCAGAGACGAUGACGAGUCUUCUUGCGCCAGCGGCUCAUCCGAAGAGUACUUUGCGGCUUCCGACAACGAUUUCAAGGAAGACAGGAAGACCAUCAAGAAAGAGGAAGACGAAGGGGAAGACAGCAAAGUCAUCGAGGUGCACGCGAGUCCGAACAAGAAGGUGGCUGUGAUUGUUAACCAAGACACGGAUGUCACUAUCACUGGGGUGUACGUCAACAGUACCACCAGAUCCACCCACCAUGAAGGGUACUGCAGCAUAGCGGGGAUGCAGUACCGGAUAUCCGCUACUAGUCAUACGCAGACGGCUGCCACUGCUGUCUUCGUCAUAGCUGCUCAAGUGCCUUCUCAUCGCCCCACUCUACACCAGGUUAUCAAAUACCACCAGGACAUCACCCGCCGAUGCAAGGAGAACCAGGAUUCGUUCAUGGUAAGUGAAAUUAUUUAUCUCAGACCAUAA